AUGGAAGUGGAGCAAGAGUCGGUUGCGGAGCCAACGGAAGGCGUGCAGCAAAGCAGCGAAGAGGCCACUACUACGUCGCUGGCACCAGAGGUUGUGACCGAUCCUAAUACCGGACUCAAGGUAGUGAUUAUUGGGUGCUGCCAUGGCGAGCUGGACGCCAUGUACGAAUCUAUCGUCUUCCUCGAACAAAAGCAGAACAUCAAGAUCGACCUUGUCUUGUGCUGUGGCGAUUUCCAGGCCGUGCGCAACAUGACCGACUUGAACGCGUUGGCCUGCCCUGUCAAGUACCGCGAGAUCAACACCUUCUACAAGUACUACUCGGGCGAGAAGGUGGCUCCCGUCAUGACCAUCUUCAUCGGCGGCAACCACGAAGCCUCCAACCACCUCACAGAGCUCUACUACGGUGGCUGGGUGGCACCCAACAUCUACUUCUUGGGCAUGUCGGGCGUGGUCAACUUCGGCGGCCUGCGGAUCGGCGGCUUGUCCGGCAUCUGGAAGAAGUUCGACUACAAGCAGGGGCACUACGAAAUGCCGCCCUACAGCAACGACACCAUGCGCUCUGUGUACCACGUGCGCGAGUUUGAAGUAUUCAAGCUCAAGCAGCUCACCCAACGCCUCGACGUGAUGCUGUCGCACGACUGGCCGCGGGGAAUCGCCCACUACGGCGACCUUCGCAGACUGCUGCGGGCCAAGCCUUUCCUUCAAGGCGAGAUUGAGUCGGGCGUGUUUGGAUCGCCACCUGCUGAGGAGCUCCUGAAUUUGUUGCAGCCUGACUACUGGUUCUCGGCGCACAUGCACGUCAAGUUCCCGGCAGUGGUUCAGCAUGCCAGCGGGCAAGUGACCAAAUUCCUGGCCCUGGACAAAGUGUGGGAGUUUCCCGAAGCCAAGGGUCCGAGAGAGUUGGCCUACGACGAGGAGUGGCUCGCCAUUGUGAAGUCCACCAAUCACCUGCUCUCGUUUCGGCGCGGGACCGUUCACAUGCCGACGCCCCAUUCCUCACAGCGAUUCGACUACUGGCCCACGCAAGAAGAGCGCGAGUGGAUCCGAGAGCGUGUCGCGGCGAAGAAGGACGGCCUGCGCGUGCCCCUCAAUUUUACCCAAACCGCACCGGUCUACACUCCCGGAGAAAGAGGCAAGCAGGCGGGCGUAUUGUGCGAGUCGCCGCAGCGUACGACCUUUCUGGAACUACUCGACCUGCCCGACCUCUUCCUCGCCUAUGACCCGGCGGCCGCGUCCCUGCCAUCAGACCACCAACACCACCAGCCCCAGCCCCAGCCUGGCGGCCCACCACCACCGCUGCACCACCACCACCACCCAGUGGCGGUUUCGCUGCUGCCGUUGGGGCUCACGGUGGGCCAUCUCCCGACAGCGACUCCCCUGCUGUUCUCCAGCGCUCCUGCGCACGCCAAGAACGAAGAGGAGAUUGACCUCUCGUUUGAUGGCGAUGAUGAAGUUGAUGCAGGCGAUGUGGCGGCCAAGAGGCAGCGGGUGGGAGACCACCACCAGGAGAAGAAUAACGAGGAAGAGAUCAACCUGUACCUUGAUGGUGCUAUUUAA